GGAGUGUACGUGUAGUGCUUCCUGUUUCGUCCCUUUCCCAUCGUCCUUUGCGGUGCUGGCUUCUCUCUCUUUCCGCCAUUGUGGAAGUUACUGGCUAACGUGUAGCCAUGUCUUCCCAUAAGACGUUCAAGAUCAAGCGGUUCCUCGCUAAGAAGCAGAAACAGAACCGGCCGAUUCCACAGUGGAUCCGCAUGAAAACUGGCAAUAAGAUCAGGUACAACUCCAAAAGGAGGCAUUGGAGGAGGACCAAACUGGGCCUGUAAACAGAAACAGCUACAACCCCAUGGAUGCGUUCAUCCUGUAUCAAGUCUUCAAGCCCUAGAAUGGCCCCUUCCAAUCAGCCCAACACAGCCUGAUUUUCAGGACUGAGCACCGUCAUGCGUCAUGAGGCUUUUUCUUUGCUAAAACCAUCAUUCUCACAUGGAGUUCUUGAAGGAAUUAAAACUGAAUAAUGGA